UGAACAUUUAAUUCAUUUAUUUGCUUUGUAACCUUUUUCUUCAAAUCUUGGUCAGUCAUACCAUUACCAUUUACAAAGCCAUGCCUACAUAUAGAACCGACAAAAUGUGGGGAAGUAUGCUAUCUGCAGUUUCCUCUUUAGAACCUAUGAAUCAUCUUCAAGAACUGUAGAAAUGUCACAUUGUUACCGAUAUACCUUCAGUCUCAAGUGUUGUUUUAUUCCUAACUUUCGUUAUAAGGAAGCAGCAAGAAUGUUAAUAGUUACUGUAAGUGAUAAUGAUGGUUCCCGCAAGAAAAGUAAUGUUUUUAGUCUUUUAUGCAUAAAUUGGAUAAGCAGACAUUUUUUGCUUUUGCUUAACCUGAGAAAGUAGUAAGAAAUUACUGCUUCAUCAGUAUCAUAAAAACGGAGCCGAAGCAAAAUGACAGUUGAAAAAAAUAUGAGUGCAAUAAUUCUUAUCCCUUGCAGACUGGUGUCAGGGCUAUGCAUCGGUGUGCUCGGCACAGCAGCUCAAGUGUACAUCGUAGAGGUUGCCCAUGAGACAGUCCGUGGUUCGCUCACAUGCAUCACAGACUUAUUCGUCGGAUUGGGGUUGCUCUUCACCUACAUACUGGGGAUCUCUGGGCUCGGCUGGAGAUGGGCUGCCUUCACUCUAGGUUUGGUGACCAAUGUGCCUCUAAUCAUUGGUCUCUCUCUGUUCCCGGACUCGCCUCGCUGGCUAGCAACAAAAGAUCGAAAGGAAGAAGCAAGGAAGGCACUCAAGUUCCUUCGUGGAAGCAGCUACGAUGUGUCGGCAGAACUUGAAAAGAUCAUGAAGGCUGGAAGCAGCCGCUCCAAGACAACAUUCACCCAGCAAAUUUCCAAGUUGAAGGAUCCCGUAGUAUAUGCACCUUUCUUAACUGGUUGUGGUGUGUUUUUCUUCUCCCAGUUAUCAGGCCCUUACGUUGUGUAUAGUUACACUGUGCAUAUCUUCCAGGUGGCCAAUGCAGGCCUGAGCCCCUACUUGUCAACAGUUCUCGUCGGUGUGGCGAGGGUAGCAGGUUCCUGUAUUGGAAUUGUGGUGGUGGAGCGUGCUGGACGUCGCCCAGCUAUGCUCAUGGGAGGCGUCGGGGCAUCGCUAUCCCUCAUCUGCCUCGGUCUUUAUUUUUUCUUGCAGCGGGGCGAAGGAGCAUCGUCUAGCGGGUGGUUGGCAUUGGUAUCCAUGAUAUCUUUCACAAUAAUCCUAGGUGCUACUAUCAGCCCUAUUCCUUUCCUGUUAUCCAGUGAACUGCUACCCCUCUCUUUCAGGUAGUUACCAUGCCUACUUCUGUAAGUAGUUUUAUAACUAAAAUUCUAGGAUGUAAUGAGGAAUUUUUAAAAAGCAAUAAUUGGAGUAAAUUGGUAAAUGAUGAUAACAAAUUAAUGAAUGGAUGCAUGUAUAUGUAAACACAUAUGUACAUAUAUAAGAAAAGUGUAGUGUAAAUUCUUUUCUGUAUAUGUGUAUACAAUUCAUGUGUAUUAUAAGUGAUACAAUGAUAAAAAGUAAC